GUUAACAGUUACCCUGCACUCGUCGGCUUUCUGCCUGGACAAGUUAGAAAUGACAACUUAUUUGCUUGGAAAACUAUAGAUUUAUUGUUAUUUUGAUGAUUCAAAACUCUCGGUGAGCAAAUUGAAGAAAGCAGCCAUGGUAUUCCACAUCUGCAGAGUGGGACUCCGAGGUGCCCAGGUGAAAUUAUCGGCAGUUAAAUUCGGUGGAGUUACCAAAGUUGCCGGUGGACUGGCUUCCAAAAUGGCGCCCCUGGUUCUUGUACAGCCUUCACAUCGUGGUAUGUUUUCUUCUACUGACAAUCUCCUCACCUUCUUCACGGGUCACAAAUUCAUGCACAAGUUCGACGAACGCAGCAAAAUCAUUGUUGUCGACGGUAACAUUGGAUGUGGGAAAUCUACGUUCAGUCAAGAUCUUGCCGCAAAGCUCGGCAUGAAGCAUAUACCCGAGGCCCACAUCCACUAUCUGGACGAGCUGGAACUUGGACCGGGAAAGAAAUUUGAUAAGAAAUUCAUCGGCGAUGUGUCCAUUGACAAAUUCUACGAGGACCCAUUCGCCAAAGAUGGCCACUCUUUCCGUUUCCAGUUGAUGAUGUAUGCAAUGAGGUUCAGACAAUACGCGGAUGUACUUCAGCACCUUCUAGAAACAGGUCAAGGUGUUGUUAUGGAGAGGUCAGUGUACAGUGACUUUGUCUUCUUGGAGGCGAUGCAAAAGAUGAAGUACUUCAAGCAGCAUUGUUCUGAUUACUACCAAGAGAUCAAAGGAAUAUCGUUGUAUCGUUUACGCCAACCACACCUUAUCAUAUACCUAGACGCCCCCGUGGAUGUCCUGCAGAAGAGGAUCAAGGAGCGGGGAAGGAGUACUGAAACUGCAAUUCCAGAUGACUACCUGCAGCACAUCGAGGACAGCUACAAGAAACGUUUCUUACCUGAGAUUAGUGAAACUUCAGAGGUUCUGACUUAUGACUGGAAGGAAGCGCCCAUGGCCAUAGAUAAGGUUAUUGAAGACAUUGACAUGUUGAAGUUUGAGCAUUUGCCCUGGAAUAAGGACGAUGACACCACACUGGAUAGACUCUACAGAUUCAUCACCAAUAAAUACAAAGUGGCUACCGCCAUGGAAAUUCAGAAGUAUAUCCCAGAAAUAACCUUCGGUGCUCAGGAAGCCUACGACAUGACCAGAGAGUUUGAGGAGAUACACAACAAGCAAUUUGCACCCGGCUACAACCUGAAGCCUGAGGAAUCAAAGUGGAAGUUGCUCUUCAAGUGAUCUCUGUCUCUCUAUCUCACAAAGACUCCUCGUCAAGACGUUGUUUCUGUUCACGAUUUCUCAAGAAGCAAAUCAGAUUUUGUUGGAGUAUUGUUGGGUUUCUCCGUUUUCAUUUCAGGGGCCAAUUUGAUUUUGAGCAGAAUUGGGUAUCCUGGUAUCCAUAGGCAGGGGCCAUGUCAAGAUUUUCUCAAAGUGGCCAACUUAAAGUUGUUCAUGUUCAGUGGCCAUGAAGGUUUCAAAGAUGCAAACUAUUGUCCAAUCAGAAUGCUUAUACUCGAACCUUAUUCAUAUGUAGAACAACAUGUUUCGUAAGAAGCGAUGCGAGUGGACAGUUCUUGAUGCAGUGUGCUUGAAUGGAAGAGGUUUCAAUUUAGUUUUGAAAAUUUUGAGUUUAAGUUUAAUCGUUUUGGAAAUUCUUCCAACUAAAUCUGGUUAGCCAAAAAACCUACAACACAAAAUUAUAUGAGCUGAUAUGAGCCGAGGUUAUCAUAAAUUAUUAAUUUGCAAAAUGCUUUAAAUGAAUCGUAAAUGUGUUGUGUAUGGUGGCACAACUGUGUACAGAAGCUAACUUGAAUACAUGUGUGUAUUGUGUAGAUGCAUGCGGUACACUAAAUCAUAUUAUAGUUUAUCAAUGAUUCAAAACCACAGUAGACAAAAUAUUAAAUGGUCAGAGAGUAGAAAGCUUGACUCGAUGGUGUGUAUGGCGAAGAUGCAUUUACCACACUGAAGGCCGGCACAGUUUAUCUUUAACUUGAAUACAUGUGUGUACUGUGUAGAUGCAUGCGAUGCACAAAAUCCUAUUAUAGUUUAUCAACCAUUCAAAACCACAGUAGGCUAUAUAUUAAAUGGUCAGUGAAUAGGAGGGUUGACUCGAUGAUGUGUACUGCGAAGAUGCAUUUACCACACUGAGGGCUGGCACAGUUUAUCUAUCAUACAACAACCAUAGAUCAAGUCUGGGUGAGGAACUUGACUUGAUCAGAAAAAGACCGAUCCAUUAAGCUCCGCCCCAUUGCGUAUUGACCAAUUACAAUGCAACGAAGGUCCGACAAAUAAGGUCUG